CUUACUUAAACGUUGCAUAUACAAACUCCAGGCACUAUUAUCACUUCAAAUUGCUGAAGUGGUCAUGGUGCUUGGAGUAACCUUUUAAUUUAUACUUUCCACAGAUACAUUCUUGCUAAAGUAUAGGGGAAAUAUAAUGGAAAGCAAAUAGUGCACAUUGUACUUCACUUACAAAGCAGAUUCUUCUGUGAUGAUGUGAGAAUAAAUGUAGUAAUCAAGGAGGGGUAGAUCUUUCUGCUUUUAAAAUGUAUAAAAACAAACUUUACUUUGCUAAAUAUAUCCUUCUGAUGACUUCUCUAACCAGCUUGGAUUGGAAUGACCUAGAGAUAGCAGUGGGUUUAAUUCAGGUGAGAGUGUAAUGUCACCAUGUUUACAGUUGUGUGAAUUUGAAUGCAAUGGUCAAUCAGUAACCCAAAUCAGUCAUCUGGUUAUGAAAGCGUACCUUAAACAGAGAGGAAAAAUAACCACAUAUGCCAAAAUUGUUUAUGGAAAUUAUUUUUUCCUUUCAGUCUCAUUCAAAACAUUACCAUAGCCAUGGGGGUUUUCUGCAUGAAAUUAGUCCUGCAGAUGAAGUGGAAGAAGAACAUGCUCUCUUAGAUGCAACCUGGAAGGGAUUGACUGCUCUUGGAGGCCUUUACUUCAUGUUUUUGGUGGAGCAUUUAAUUACCUUAAUGAAGCAAUACAAGGACCAAAAACAAAAGGUAAGCAUUCCAGACAUGGUUGUUUAGUGCAUAUUGUCAGUACAUUAACCCUUACAGACAAAUCAUACUUAAAGGGACACUUGUCACCAGAACAAAUACAGCUUAAUAUAAUUGUUGUGGUGUGUAUAGCCUGUCCCUGCAGCCCUGUGAUUGGCUAAGAUCAUCACUUCUGAUUUAAUAAGUGCAAUAAUGGUUAUUCAGAUCAGUGUAACUUCUAUUAGAACUGAUUUUCUAUAUAACAUUAGAAAUACAUAGAUAAAAUUAAUGUAAAGUGAAUUUAACUGAAAGGCCUACUUUCAGCAUCAGCUGUACUGGUUAUGGUGCCAGUUUACCCUCUUGACACGGUUUCCGAUGCAAAUUUGCCCAUGAUUGACAUUAGCCUACCAGAAACACUUGUUCUCCAGGAGGUCGCACUACGCCUCUGGCAGCCGCAGAGUUAAAUUCGGUAUAUACAGCGUUUCAUAGUGAAACACUGCACACAGGUUCCAAGCAUUAUAAACCUCUCAAAAUACUGAAGUGGUCAUAGUAGUUGGAGUAAGCCUUUAACCCCUUAAAGACUGAGCCAAUUGUACAAGGUAUGAUCAAAACAUAAACAAAACCUAGAAUUUGCGCUAUGUGGUUUAACCAUAAUUCACCUUUCAUAUUAAGUGCACCCUCACUUAUUAUAUAUCAUUUUGUACAGAGGUUCUGCAUGACAUUUUAACACUGAAUGUCAUAAUACUGUUAGAUUUUACUGAAAUAAAAUACACAUAUUUGUAUUCAGAAAUGUCUUACGAGUAUAACCAUACCCCCAAUGUACAGGUUUUAUGUGUUUUUGGAAACUUACAGGGGUCAAAUGUAGGGCUUUUCCCUUUCCAUGUUUGCAUAUUAAAAUUUGCCAGAUUGGUUUGCUGGGUCUAUGUUGUCUUUGAGACCGUAUGGCAGCCCAGGAAUGAAAAUUAACCCCAUCAUGGCAUACAACUUAAAAAAGUAGACAAAUCAGGGUAUUCAAAAUGGGGUAUGUCCAGUCUUUUGUAGUAGCCACUUAGUCACAAAUGCUUGGCAAAAUUAGCGUUCAUAUUUGUUGGUUUUUUUGCCCUUUUUUACACAAAAAUUACACUUUUACUGGUGGUCUCAUCGUCGUGAUAAUUUUUUUUUUUUUUUUUAAACACUCAUUUGUAUUUAGCGAAGUCAAUACCCCCCCCAUGUAAAUGUUUUAUGGUGUUGUAGAAAGUUACAGGGUUAAAUAUAGGGCUUGACAAUUACAUUCUCUGGGUUGUCAGACAGGUCCUUCAAAUUAUAAUGUGUCAAAUGAAUAGUUAAAUAUAUAUGUAGAAUAUGUGUGUGUAUGUAUGUAUAUAUAUUUUUCCAGGUCCCAGCACACAAUGUUCUUUUUUUUUUUUUUUGCUCCGGUGCACAAUCUCCAACCAAAAUAUAUAUACCUAGUAGAGAGCACUCUGGAGUCUUGAUAAAGUAAAUUCAAACUGCUGCUUUAUUAAGCAAACACAGUGAUAAACACAAUAGUCGACGUUUCAGUCUAUGCAGACUUUUUUGCUUAAUAAAGCAGCAGUUUGAAUUUACUUUAUCAAGACUCCAGAGUGCUCUCUACUAUAUAUAUAUAUAUAUAUAUAUAAUGUGUGUACGCACGCGCGAUUGGAUUACCCGUCCAGUAGACAAGAUGCCUUCCCUUCUCUAACAUCAGUUGUUUUAAGUGUUAAACUAUAUCUGUAUUUCUUCAGACCCGAAAAGAGAGGAAAACUUUCAAAGCUUGUCUUAUUAUGUUGGUCUAAUAACAAAAAGUAUCGUUGCAUACUGCAAUACACUGGAAUUAUAUAUAUAUAUAUAUAUAUAUAUAUAUAUAUAUAUAUAUAUAUAUAUAUAUAUAAUGUGUAUGUGUAUGUAUGUUUAAAAAAAAAAAAAACCCUACAAACAAUAAAAUCUGUCAACAUUGAAGUUGUUUAGUGGAUACGUGAGUUCGCUGGAUCUUGUGUAUUGUAUAAAUUGGCCCCCAGCAGCACCCCAUUUAUGCAUUUUCAGAUAAGUGCAGCCCACAGGUAACUCACUUAUUCACUAAACCGCAACUUCAAUACUGACAGAUUUUAUUCAUUUUAUUAAAAUCAACUAAUCUAGGCAAAAACAAUGGGGGUUUAGUUACAUUAUAUGAUUAUACAUUGCAUAAGCCUGCCACAAUGUCAAUGUACCCCAUCUUUGGCAGGUCCUACUCUAACAGCCCAAUGACCCUCAAAACUACAGAAUUAAUAUUAACCAUUUAAUUUUAAAGUAAAUGUCUGAUCUUAUGAGAUGAACCCACUUACUUGGGGGGAAAAUUCCAUCUGGGGCUCUCUGCUGUACAAGGCUAACUAGGGCCCUGGGAUGACACACCUGUGACAGGGAGGGGUGCAAAACCAAUUAUUUGGCUAGACUCUACUGCAAAGAGCCCCAGAUGGAAUUUUUCCCCAAGUAAGUGGGUUCAUUGAAUAUUCAUGCGCAUUAUGUCUCCCCCUGCUGGCGGCAGAGCGUGUGCGCAGCCUGACCCAGUGGCGAGGGACAUCGGUGCUGGAUUCAGGUAAGUCACUGGAGGGAGCAACAAUUGUGUGUACCCUUUAAAGUGGAAAAAACAUACACCAAUAGGUGAAUAAAACGUAUAGGAUAAUUUACCUAUAUGUAUCUCCCGCAAUGUAGAAAAUAAAGGACUCCUCACAGAAUAUACAAACAAAAUAGAUAUCUACAAAAGGGGAGAAUAAAACAACUCAUAGAGUAGUAUAUCAAAACCAAUAAACAUAUAUGGUUCAAGGUUGCACUCACACAAAUUGGUUGAUUGUAGGCAUGUCAAAAUUUAUAGAGAUGGUAUGAACUCUUCAAACUCCAAAAGAAGGCAUGUGGGAAACAAGAAAUUACACAACAAUAAGUGUAGAUUUAAAGGCCCAUAUAGUGCGCUAAAUUAAGUAACACAUACUCGUUUUCCUGGCACUAUAGUGGUCCUUUAAUCAUAGUCUUUGUGUCAGAGAAGUUUUAGAAAGUUGAUUUAAUGAAGAAAAAUACUGUAGAGUUUUAUAUAGGCAAUUUGGCUUGCUCCGUUUAUCGAUUAAAUUAUCUGUAACCAUCUUAUGUGACUGUCACAUCAAAACUAUUUUUAAUAUAAUAAUCCUUUUAUCAAGUUUUUAAAGGAAAUAGAUUGCUUGUUUUUUAAUGAAGUGUAUGUAAAAAUAAAAAUCAGAAAAAUGUAUUCCACCCUUUCUUAUAUCAAAAAAUCUUUUGAGGUGUUGCCUUUUAAAAAUUGCUGCUUUUACUAAUCAUGUAUGGCAAAGUAGCUACACAUCUAAGAUAACUAUGUAGAUAAGCCUUACAUUGACUGUAAAUGCUUUGUUUUUUUUAUUAAAACCAACUAUGCAUUGUUUGCAAUUAUUUAAGAAUCAGAAAAAAAAUGAAAAUGAAGAGGAAUUGGAAAUUAAGAAGAAUCUUUCUAAUCACUCAAAUAUUGAAGAAAAGGGUGGAUCUGAUGCCGGAUCUCGUAAGUAACGUAUUCAAUUUAAUUAUAGUCAAAUUGUGCCUAUAGAUAUACCACAAUAAGAUAAAUCAAUUAUCCGUUCACAGAUUUUCUAUUCUUAUAUAACUUUUCAAUUCAUGCUUAGCAUUGGAUUGUGGCCCUCUGGUGCAAACAAGAGAGCUUAAUGGUUACCCUCAAUUUCCCGGUAAUAGGGCAAACUGUUUUGCAAUGGUUUUCCCUUUUACCUGGAUCCCUGCCUGGUGCGGAGUCCAGAGCUGCAGAAGCAGGAUGCCAAUCACAUCAGCUAUUCAUUAGCUGAUCGAUCUUCACUAAUGUGACACUUUUAGAGCCUAUAAAUAUUGACCCUUUUUUCUGGGCUAGCUAAAAAAGGCUCCAUUUAUACUGCGGUCGAUUUACACCUCUGGCAUCGAUAAACUCUGUAUAUGCAGUAUUUCAUAGCAAAACACUGCACAUACCAACUCCAAGCUCCAUGACCACUUAAAGACACUGAACAACUCAUGGUCCUUGGACUAACCCUUUAAAGUAAUAUUAGGCGUCAAGUGCGUUUUUAAAGGACCACUAUAGUGCCAGGAAAACAUACUCGUUUUCCUGGCACUAUAGUGCCCUGAGGGUGCCCCCACCCUCAGGGACCCCCUCCCGCCCGGCUCUGGAAGGGGAAAAGGGGUAAAACUUACCUUUUUCCAGCGCUGGGCGGAGAGCUCUCCUCCUCCUCUCCGCCUCCGUUCCGCCCCGCCGGCUGAAUGCGCACGCGCGGCAAGAGCUGCGCGCGCAUUCAGCCGGUCUCAUAGGAAAGCAUUUACAAUGCUUUCCUAUGGACGCUGGCGUGCUCUCACUGUGAAAAUCACAGUGAGAAGCACGCAAGCGCCUCUAGUGGCUGUCAAUGAGACAGCCACUAGAGAGGUAUAGCAGUUUCUCUGAAACUGCUAUAAUUAUGAAAAAAUGGGUUAACCCUAGAGGACCUGGCACCCAGACCACUUCAUUAAGCUGAAGUGGUCUGGGUGCCUAGAGUGGUCCUUUAAGUUUUGUUUCUAUGGUAGAAGCCGUAUUUGGAUAUAAAUUGCAAUCUGACCAUGGUAAGGACAAUGUGCAUCUUUGCAUUGUUACCCUGAUACUGACCAGACACAUUGUAUGCAGUCUCUGCUUUAUGUGCACCUUCUACUUAAAGAAGCAAAGUUGGGGGGGGAUAUCUCUGACCUUUCCCCUUCAAUUCAAACUCCAUAAUUUGUAUAUAAAGACAUUUAGUCUUGUUCGUAUUUCGUGUGCAAAGGUGUGUGUACAGUUUCUUUCAUAUGUGGAGUAAAACACCCCCAAAGUUAUAAAAAUGUAGCAAAAAUUUUUUUUAAUUUUUUUUUUAAAAAAAACUUAUCUGCUAUUAACCCCUUAAGGACACAUGACAUGUCAUGAUUCCUUUUUAUUCCAGAAGUUUGGUCCUUAAGGGGUUAAAGAGACCCUCUAUGCACCAGAACCACUAAAGCAUAAAAUAGUGGUUUUGUGGCAUAGAGGCAGUGUUUACAUUGAAGAAGCCAAACGUCAGUCUUGCGAGCACCAAAACGUCUUGCAGAGCCAAUGUUUGCAUCUUCAAACUCUGCAUGAAGGAGCUUAAUGAUCCUCAUAGAAAUGGAUCGAAUCACUGCAUCUCUGUGAGGAGAUGCUGAUUUGCGCAGGGCGGAGAUUGCCUCCUCAAUUCUUCUGCAUGGUGAUCUCUGCCAAGGGAGGAAUGGUGGCAGCAGGAGUGGCGCACAUGGGGGAUAUAACAUAAGUAAAACUAUUUUCUUUUAUCCCUCUUUUUAUCAAGUAUAAUAUGCUGCUGCUUAUUACGACUAAUGCCAGUAGUACCAUUAUCUAUUGAUGCAAUAAGCCAAGAUUUCAUCAGCUCCAAGGUUUAGAAACUGCAGUUUAUUGAAUGUGUGACAUCGGGCUUCAAUAAACUGCUUUUUCUGAACUUUGGAGUGCCUAAACCUCUUUGUACUUUAUGCAUAUUGUAAUUGGGACCUGGUGCUGAGUUCUAGUUUGAUUGCACCCUAGCUCAGAGUGAUGGGAUAGAGUGCAGUUCCUGUUCGAGGUUUUGGAAAAGAUUUAAUUAGCUGACAUUUUCUUAAUCCUUUUUUUUUAUUUUCCUUUUCUUUAAAUGCUACAAUAUAUGUAAGAAAUUAAUAUAUAUUUAGAUUUAAUCUAUUAAAAGAGAGAGAGAAAUAGUUGGGUAGUAUAACAUUUUAAAUGAUUUUUCAUUAGUAUUGUGGAUUUAUUUUUUUAUUUUAUUCCCCACAUAAAAAUAUAACAUUUCUAAUCUAAGUAUCUGUUGUUUUCCAUUAAUAUUUAUGGUAAUGUUAAUGUCAGUUUAUAAUUUGGGUAGCAAUUGUUGUGCAUACUAUUCCAUGCUAUGGCUUGGUUGAAUCUUCUCUUACAGAGAUCACAACAUUUUCUCUUAAAGGGACUCUCCAGUGCCAGGAAAACAUAUCCGUUUUCCUGGCACCGCAUGUUCCUGCAGUGUCCCUCUCCCUCCUACCCCCCCAUCCCAUGUUGCUGAAGGGGUUAAAACACCUUCAGUGACUUACCUGAAUCCAGUCGGCAGGGGAGACCUAAUGCGCAUACGUGGCAAUGGCGCAUUAAACCUCCCCAUAGGAAAGCAUUAUUCAAUGCUUUCCUAUGGGCAUUCCGGCGACACUGGAGUUUAAGGGUGAUGGGAGUUGGCACACAGACCACUCCAAUGGGCAGAAGUGGUCUGGGUGCCUGCAGUGUCCCUUUAAUUUGUUAUUUUGUUAUAUGGCAUUGUCUAGGUGCCAUGUAACUAAUACUACUUUCUUUUUUUUAAUAUUAACUUUUUUUUUUUUCUAUUUAAAGAUCAUGAGAGCUACAUGGAGAAUGAGACACAGGAUGUUACACAGUUUCAGACUCAACAGCCAACAGCCCCAGAAGAAGAGGAGGAAGAAAUAAUGAUUGCUCAUCCAGAUGAUGAAGCAGACUAUUUAAAAUACGGUUCUAGAGGCUGUGAAAAUAAGUGUCAUUCCCAUUUUCAUGACACACUUGGUCAGUCUGACGAUCUGAAUCAUCAUCACCAUGACUAUCAUCAUAUUCUACACCACCAUCACCACCAGAAUCACCACCCACACAGCCACUGCCAGCGCUAUUCCAGGGAAGAGCUGAAAGAUGCUGGCAUAGCCACACUAGCAUGGAUGGUGAUAAUGGGCGACGGAUUACACAACUUUAGUGAUGGUUUAGCUAUUGGUAAGUAAAACAAAAUGUUUUACAACUCUGGAUUAAACCUGGCAAAUGGAAAAUUGUUUGCUUGACGACCCACAAAUAAUUUAACCUGUAACAUUACAUGUGUGGGUUUAUAACACCUGCCAUCCAAUAAACAGGCAAAUUUGUAACUGAACUUUGAACCAUUUUGAAAUGCAUCUCAUAUUCUUUCCAAUUGUGUCUUCUAUGGUGUUAUCAAUGUAUACUUGCCUAUUGUACACACAGAUGGACUUGUUAGCCUCUAAACCCCUGUAGUUAAUUAUGCAUUCCUAUAAGGUACCAUAAUCUAAAAAUACACUGAACAAAAUUAUAAACGCAACACUUUUGUUUUUGCCCCCAUUUUUAAUGAGCUGAACUCAAAGAUCUAAGACUUUCUAUGUACACAAAAGGCCUAUUUCUCUCAAAUAUUGUUCACAAAUCUGUCUAAAUCUUUAUUAGUGAGCACGUCUCCUUUGCCGAGAUAAUACAUCCACCUCACAGGUGUGACAUAUCACAAUGCUCAUUAGACAACAUAAUUAUUAUUAGGUGUGCUUUAUGCUGGCCACAAUAAAAGGCCACUCUAAAAUGUGCAGUUUUACUGUAUUGGGUGGAUCUGGGGGGUGGGGGGGCUCCGAAAACCAGUCAGUAUCUGGUGUGACUACCAUUUGCCUCACGCAGUGCAACACAUCUCCUUCGCAUAGAGUUGAUCAGGUUGUUGAUUGUGGCCUGUGGAAUGCUGGUCCACUCCUUUAAUUGCUGUGCGAAGUUGAUGGAUAUUGGCAAGACCUGGAACAUGCUGUCGUAUACACCGAUCCAGAGCAUCCCAAACAUGCUCAAUGGGUGACAUGUCCGGUUUGUAUGCUGGCUAUGCAAGAACUGGGAUGUUUUCAGCUUCCAGGAAUUGUUUUCAGAACCUUGCAACAUGGGGCCGUGCAUUAUCAUGCUGCAACAUGAGGUGAUGGUCGUGGAUGAAUGGCACAACAAUGGGCCUCAGGAUUUGGUCACGGUAUCUCUGUGCAUUCAAAAUGCCAUCAAUAAAAUGAACCUGUGUUUGUUAUCCAUAACAUAUGCCUGCCUAUAUCAUAACCCUACCGCUACCAUGGGCCACUCUAUCCACAAUGUUGACAUCAGCAAACUGCUCACUCACACAACGCCAUACGCGCUCUCUGCCAUCUAAUAGUGAAAAACGGGAUUCAUCCGUGAAGAGAACACCUCUCCAAAGUGCCAGACACCAUCGAAUGUGAGCAUUUGCCCACUCAAGUCGGUUACGAUGACGAACUACAGUCAGGUCAAGACCCCGAUGAGGACGAUGAGCAUGCAGAUGAGCUUCCCUGAGACGGUAUCUGACCGUUUGUGCAGAAAUUCUUUGGUUAUGCAAACCGAUUGUUGCAGCAGCUCUCUGGGUGGCUGGUCUCAGACGAUCAUGGAGGUGAAGAUGCUAGAUGUGGAGGUCCUGGGUUGGUAUGGCUACAUGUGGUAUGCGGUUGAGGUUGGUUGGAUGUACUGCCAAAUUCUCUGAAACGCCUUUGGAGAUGGCUUAUGGUAGAGAAAUGAACAUUCAAUUCACUGGCAACAGCUCUGGUGGACAUUCCUGCAGUCAGAAUACUAAUUGCAUGCGUCCUCAAAACUGUGGCAUUGUGCUGUGAUAAAACUGCCCAUUCUGGAGUGGCUUUUUAUUGUGGCCAGCCUAACACACACCUUUACGAUAAUCAUGCUGUCUAAUCAGCAUCUUGAUAUGCCACACCUGUGAGGUGGAUGGAUUAUCUCGGCAAAGGAGAAGUGCUCACUAACACAGAUUUAGAAAGAUUUGUGAACAAUAUUUGAGAGAAAUAGGCCUUUUGUAUAAAUAGAAAGUCUUGCAUCUUUGAGUUCAGCUUAUGAAAAGUAGGGGCAAAAACAAAAGUGUUGCGUUUAUAAUUUUGUUCAAUGUAUAAUAAAAAAAUCAGCAUUUACCAUCAUGACUUUAAUCUGAAAGUGAGCUGUGCUUUGUCCUUGUACAGCAUGUGUUUUUUAAACGGAGUACUAAUUUAUAUAGCACUAAUCCUGAAAUGUAAAUUAGCAUGGAUUAAAAGAACACUCCACAUAUACAUACAGCUUGUUGAAUUGCGUUGUCUUGAGUCUUUCACAUUUGUAACAGUUUCUAAAAGUUCUGAUUUCAAUAGACAUCAAUAUUCCAUGGAGCUAACACAAGUAACAGCCUCCCUCAAUUCUAAAUCAGCUAUAUUACAGCUCUUUGAGAAGCAUUUGAAAGCUGUAAUCACUAGUGCACAAUGAGAAGCCACUGAUCGGAGUAUUCCUCAGCACAGAGAGUUUGCAAAUGCUGCAGACAAGAUAUGCAGCUUUGCAGGAAGUUUGUAGAUAUACACCCCCAAAAUAAUGCAGAAUUAAGUGCAUGCUUGUUUACACUAGGGUUUAUGGACUUUCUUUCUUUUUUUUUUUUUUUAAAUUGGAGGACAAUUGAUUACUUCUAUAGAAAAAAAAAUCUUGCUUAGAAGCAUUAUUUGUAAAUCUAGAGCAAUACCCGAUUUCCUUUUUCUUUUGUUAUUGUGAGUGCUAUGUUAGAAAAAAGCAAACUAGACUCUUCAGAGAUUGCAAGGAAAGUGAAAUGAGCUAAUUCAGUGGCCACAAAUGUUUGGCUACCCUUUCAAGGUACUUAUUCCGAACAUAAGUAGAUUUAUCCAUUUAAAAAUCACAAAAAUAUCUUAUAGCACUCACUGUGGUUUGUUACUCUUUGCUCUGCUUUGUGGUUAUGUGUGCUUUUAUUUAUUACAUUGAACUGUAUAAUUAAAAUUGUUAGUAAAAACAAAUUGAAUUGAAUAAUAGUUGUACCAACUAAUGCAGAUUGUAUAUUGUAUUACAGGAGCAGCAUUUACUGAAGGCUUAUCUAGUGGAUUAAGCACAUCUGUGGCUGUUUUUUGCCAUGAACUGCCACAUGAGUUAGGUAUGUAAACACUGAAAACACAAGUGGGGUUGCUAUGUACAUCAAAACAAUGAUAUGCUUUGACAUGGCCAAGGCAAUUCUUUCAUUUAGUGAUACACACUUAACCAAUGAUUCACAUAAUUUAAAAUAGAAUGUUCUUGUUAACUGAGUUAUAGUCAUUUUAGCAGCUUAGAUCUGCCUGCUGACAUAUCUAAAAAUGUUUACGGCUAUUGAGUGGAAAGCAGUAUGCGUUUAAAAAAAAAAAAACUAAAGUAGGAAAGUUGUGUUACAUUUCCUUGUUUGUGUAUAAUAAUACAUUCCUCUGUGUGUAGGUGAAUAUAUACAGUUGCAAGAAAAAGUAUGUGAACCCUUUGGAAUGAUAUGGAUUUCUGCACAAAUUGGUCAUAAAAUGUGAUCUGAUCAUCAUCUUAGUCACAACAAUAGACAAUCACAGUCUGCUUAAACUAAUAACACACAAAGAAUGAAAUGUUGCCAUGUUUUUAUUGAACACACCAUGUAAACAUUCACAGUGCAGGUGGAAAAGUAUGUGAACCCCAUAGACUAAUGACAUCUCCAAGAGCUAAUUGGAGUGAGAUGUCAGCCAACUGGAGUCCAAUCAAUGAGAUGAGAUUGGAGGUGUUGGUUACAGCUACCCUGCCCUAUAAAAAAAACACACCAGUUCUGGGUUUGCUUUUCACAAGAAGCAUGGCCUGAUGUGAAUGAUGUCUCGCACAAAAGAGCUCUCAGAAGACCUACGAUUAAGAAUUGUUGACUUGCAUAAAGCUGGAAAGGGUUGAUCAGUCCACGGUAAGACACAUUGUCUAUAAAUGAAGAAAGUUCAGCACUGCUGCUACUCUCCCUAGGAGUGGCCGUCCUGUAAAGAUGACUGCAAGAGCACAGCGCACUAUGUGUGGCAAAAAAAAAAGGCGCAGCACACCAACAUCAAAACCUCAUCCCAACUGUGAAGUAUGGUGGUGGGGGCAUCAUGGUUUGGGGCUGCUUUGCUGCGUCAUGGGCCUGGACGGAUUGCUAUCAUUGAAGGAAAAAUGAACUCACAAGUUUAUCAAGACAUUUUGCAGGAGAACUUAAGGCCAUCUGUCUAGCUUAACAUAAGAUGGGUGUUGCAACAGGACAAUGACCCAAAGCAUAGAAGUAAAUCAACAACAGAAUGGCUUAAACAGAAGAAACAGAAGAAAAUACACCUUCUGAAGUGGCCCAGUCAGAGUCCUGACCUCAACCCGAUUGAGAUGCUGUGGCAUGACCUCAAGAAAGCGAUUCACACCAGACAUCCCAAGAAUAUUGCUGAACUGAGACAGUUCUGUAAAGAGGAAUGGUCAAGAAUUACUCCUGACCGUUGUGCAUGUCUGAUCCGCAGCUACAGGAAACGUUUGGUUGAAGUUAUUGCUGCCAAAGGAGGUUCAACCAGUUAUUAAAUCCAAGGGUUCACAUACUUUUUCCAUCUAAUAACAUUUUUUUUUAAAUUCUGUGUGUGUUGGUGUUGUUUGGUUUUUACCAGGAAAGAUACUUGUUUUCCAGUAUGUCCUGGGUCCACAAAACAUUACAUUGAUACAUUAGGGUGAACAGGUAGGAAAUAUAUAAUCAACCAUCACACAUGCAUUCUGUUUUGAGAUAUGUAGAGAGGGAUCUCUUAAAGGACUUUAGGCUUGGGGAAGAUUUUAAAGUGUGUAUAUAUUUAUGUAAUAUUUUUACUUAAGUCAUUUUAUUAAUUACUAUUUGAGGGACCUGCCUUACAACCAAGGCAUAAAGUCCACAGAAUUUGCUUUGCAAGCCCUAUAUUUAACCCUGUAACUUUCCAAGACACCAUAAAACCUGUACAUGGGCGGUGUUUUCAAAGGUCACAGAGUCAAAUACAAGGCUUGCAUUUCUGUUUUUUUACAUUGAAAUUUGCCAGAUUGGUUAUGGUAGCACAGGAAUGAUAAUUACUUCCAUGAUGGCAUACCAUUUACAAAAGUAGACAACUCAAGGUAUUACAAAUUGGAUAUGUUCAGUCUUUCUUAGUAGCCACUUUGUCACAAACACUGGCCAAAAUUAGCGUUUAAAUUAGUUUUUUUGCAUUUUUCACACACAAACAUGAACACUAACUUUGGCCACUGUUUUUGACUAAGUGGCUACUAAAAAAGACUGGACAUAUACCCUAUUUGAAAUACCUUGGGUUGUCUACUUUUGCAUAUGGUAUGCUAUCAUGGGGUUAAUUCUAAUUCCUGGGCUACCAUUUUGUCUCAAAGACACCAUAACCAGUCUGGCAAAAUUUUAUGUUUAUAAACUGAAAAAUUUAACCUGCUAUAUUUGACCCUGUAACUUUCCAAAACAACAUAAAACCUAUACAUGGAGGGGGAACGGUUUUACUCGUGAGACAUCGCUGAAUACAAAUAUGUGUACUUUAUUGCAGUAACAGCUAACAGUAUUAUGACAUUCACAAUUAAAAUGCUAUGCAGAACUAAAAAAAUUACAUUUCUUAUUCAUAUUAAAUUAUGAUUCAUAUAUUAAUAUCUGAUAUGAAAUGAAAGCCCUGUUUCUCCUGAACAAAAUGACGUAAAAUAAGUGUGGGUGCAUUUAUUUUGCAAGAGGUUAAUUAUAGUUGAACAGACAUAUAGCGCUAAUUCAAAAUUUUGUUUUAAUCUGAAUUUGUACAACUGCCUAUGUCCUUAAGGGGUUAAAAUAAGUUUGUUUGUGUUUUCUUUAUCAAGGUGACUUUGCAGUUCUUUUGAAGGCAGGCAUGACCGUGAAGCAGGCUGUGUUAUACAAUGCUCUGUCUGCAAUGCUUGCAUACCUGGGGAUGAUAACAGGCAUUGUUAUUGGCCAUUAUGCAGAAAAUGUGUCAAUGUGGAUUUUUGCUCUUACAGCCGGUUUAUUCAUGUAUGUGGCAUUUGUUGACAUGGUAAGUUCUAAUUUUCCAAUAAUUGAUAAACGAAUGGUAAAUUCAACAACAAUGUGAUCAACUUUUGAAUUGAGCAGAUUAUUUUUAACCCCUCCCGACCUCGGACUUACCAGGUACA